GCCUCGCCUCUCGCGGGCGGGCGUCGCGCGGUGCGCUCUGUGCUCCCGGGCUGGGACCAGAAGCCCGAGGGUGCGGGAAGCGCGGGGAUCCCGCGCGGCGGCCCGGGCGCAGAGUGGGCGGGCGCGCGUGCUGGCGGGCGUGACUGGAAGGCCGGAGGCUGGCGGAGGAGGUGCGGAGGCCGGCGAAGGCGAGCGGUACGGCCUGAAGCCUGCGCGCCCGCGGCAUGCGACGGGAGAGGUGCGGCGCCCCCAGCCCGCGUGCCGGUCAUGGAGGUGCUGCGGCGCUCCUCCGUCUUUGCCGCGGAGAUCAUGGACGCCUUUGACCGCUCGCCCACCGACAAGGAGCUGGUGGCCCAAGCCAAGGCGCUAGGCCGGGAGUUCGUGCACGCGCGGCUCCUGCGCGCCGGCCUCGCCUGGAGCGCGCCCGAGCGAGCCGCGCCGGCCCCCGGCGGCCGCCUGGCGGAGGUGUGCGCCGUGCUGCUGCGCUUGGGGGAUGAGCUGGAGCAGAUCCGGCCCAGCGUGUACCGCAACGUGGCUGGCCAGCUGCACCUCUCCGUGCAGUCCGAGCCCGUGGUCACAGACGCGUUCCUGGCUGUGGCUGGACACAUCUUCUCUGCAGGCAUCACGUGGGGCAAGGUGGUAUCCCUGUAUGCAGUGGCUGCAGGACUGGCCGUGGACUGUGUGCGGCAGGCCCAGCCCGCCGUGGUGCAUGCCCUGGUGGACUGCCUGGGGGAGUUCGUGCGCAGGACCCUGGCGGCCUGGCUGAGGAGGCGUGGUGGAUGGACUGACGUCCUUAGGUGUGUGGUCAGCACAGACCCUGGCCUCCGUGCACACUGGCUGGUGGCCGCACUCUGCAGUUUUGGCCGCUUCCUGAAGGCUGUCUUCUUUGUGCUGCUGCCAGAGAGAUGAGCUGCCCAGCUGGACGGAAGCUGUGGCUUGGCCCCUGGGGUCCACCCCGGAGGCCAGCAGCACCUGGGAAGCACCUCUCCCUUCUGAGCCCCAUUCCUCUGCAGACCUGACCCCUGGGAGGGUGAGUGGAGAGGGGCUGGCGUCAGUGCGGCUGCAGCCCCUCCUGGACCCCUGCCGGGAAGUCGGGGUCAGCUCCCUGCAGCACAUGCCCCCUGAUGCCCCCAGCCCCAGAAGGGCCGUCUCAGGACACAAGCUGGCUUUGGUCUUUGUGGGCAGUGGGCCUCGCACAGUCAGUCUGAAGGAGACUGGCCUGGUCAACAAGGCUCCCAUGCUGGUGGCCUCACCCAUUUCUAGAGGGAGGGAGCAUCCCUGACUGUGGUGGGUUCCAGGCCAGUGUCCUGACCAGUGGACCUCUGAUCCUGUGGGCAAGCAGGACCCACUGAAGCUUCGCAUCGUGGACGAUCGUGAGUCCUCGACGCUGGGAAGCCCCGCCCCUGGGGUGCACUAGAGGCCGAGGCUGGCCCAGGCGGAGUCCUGCGCCCCACGUGGCUGCUUGAAGUGCCCUCCCCUCUGGCUCCUGUGCCCACCCUGUAGCUGCACCUGCCCCCAGGCCCCAGCAGGAGACCACGGGCCAGGUCCUACCUGGCCAGGAGGGCCCUGCAGGAAACAGCCCCAGGGUUGUGUGGCCUUCAGGUCCCAUUGGGGGUACAGACUGGAAAUAAAGUCCAAACCGAGGUUUUCA